UUUCCCCCGCAGGCCAUGAGCGCCCCCCCGGCGCCGCCCGAGGAGCCCCCGCUGUCCCCGCCGGUCCUCGGGGUGUCAGGGAUCUCGGCUCCGAGGCAGCCCGGCCUGCUGCAGGCGUUCGGGGGGGCCGCCGAGAGCAGCGAGGAGGUGCGGAGAGCGCGGGAGGAAUGGGAGGCGCUGGAGGAGAUCCAGCCAGGGCUGCCGGGGAAGUCCGGGCUCGUGCCCCUCAUCUCCUUCAACGAGGCGCUGCAGCACUUCCAGACCGCCGACCUGUCCGCCUGCAGGAAGAAGAUCCAGGCGACAGCGCGCAGGCAGGGCCUGGCCGCUCUGCUUCGCUUCCUCUUCGGCCCCCCGCGGCUCCAGCAGCAGCUGCAGGGCGAGCGGGACCUGGCUCUCGCCAUGGCUCACUGUGGCCUGGAUGACAGCGAGGCGGUGCACAUGAGGAUCCUGCAGACCAUCUACAAGAAGCUGACCUGCUCCCGCCUGGGUUGCCCGCGCUACGGCGCGCACUGGGAGGAGCUCGGCUUCCAAGGUGCGGAUCCGGGCACCGACCUGCGAGGGACGGGGAUGCUGGGCCUGAUGCAAAUGCUGCACUUCGUAAUGGACGCGCAGACGCUGCCUCUGGCUCGGCAGAUUUUCAGGCUGUCCCACCACGAAACACAGAAUUUCCCCUUCUGCAUCAUGUCCGUGAACAUCACCCGCAUCGUCCUGCAGGCCCUGAGGGAGGAGUGCCUCUCCAGGGAGUGCAACCGCAGGCAGCAGGUCAUCGCCGUGCUGAACGACGUGUACGCGGCCGCGUUUCUGCAGCUCUACCGAGUCUGGAAAUCGCAGCACAAGACCAUCGCUGACUCCGGCUUCCUCCUGAAGGAACUGGAGCUAUCCACCAAAAAGAAACCGAAGCAGCUCCUGAAAUCCUUGGAAGCCUACGUGAGCAAAAGCCCCGUGGCAGACGGCAUCCAGCGACCGUCCCCUCCCUCCGGCACCAGUGGCUCCAUCAGCGCCGGCCGGGCUGGCGAAGAGCUAAACUUCACGGGUGUCUGUGACCUGCAGGUUGAGCUGGAAGGGGAGCCCCGGCUGGUCUGAAACCCGCAGCGGGGAGCCCUGCUCGUGGCAGCGCUACCGGGGGGUGCCCGGUGCUGCUCGGGGGGCUUGGAAGGGGCUUGCCCCGAAGUGGCAGGCGCAGAGCGAUGCCUGUGGGCAGGAGGUGCCGAGAGCCGUGGUGGGAGAAGCGGCUGGGACCCGGCUUCGGGCACUCGGCCAGCUGGGGCACCGUGGAGCGUAGAUUUUGCCCUAGCCCCCCCCCAGAAAGGGUGGCCGUGUCCUUCCCCUGCGGUUUGGCGGCGUCGCUGGGAGCCGCGGGGCGGCGGCAGGAGCAAACUGCAGGCUUCGACCCUUCCGAGGUAGAAUUCGUCAGGUUGGUGGUUGGGCUUGGUGACCUUGAAGGUUUUUUUUCCAACCUAGGUGGUUCUGUGAUUCUAAAACUAAGCACAGGAGGAAACUGGGUGGGUUUUAUUAGCCGCCGGCCUUGGGCUGGGUUUCCCAUCUGCCCUGCUGUCGGGACCGUGCGGUGCUGUUUGUCUUUACCCCCAGCAGGGAGAAUCGUGCUGCUCGGGGCAGGCCCACGGCUGGAGCUGGAGCGCACCGGGAGGGCUCAGACCUGGCUGGAAACGCACGGGGGAGCCCUCCCCUCUCGCAGGGCUCCCCACUCGCUGCUCCAGAGCACGUGGGAGGGCUUGAAGCCCGUAGUUUUGGGCCAAACCCCCGUAUUUCACACCAGUAGUGCUCCAAGAGCUCUUUGAGGGUUUGAACACAAGCCGAGUGUUUGGGGAGCCCUCCUCAACUCCCCCCAGGAGUUACUUUGUGUGUAAGUAUCAAAAUAAGGCAGUAAAA